UCGGCUAAUUCCAGUUUCAAACAUAAUUAGAGCAAUGAUUACGGGUGGCAAAAGCUAUGUUUCGUCUGUACCAGCGUUCUCCAAUGAUGGCAAGAAACUGCUUCUCUGUACAGGCAACACAGUCUCAGUAUUUAGUACUUCCACAGGCAUGCAGAUUACAGAAUUGGAGGGUCAUCAAGCCCCUGUAACUUCAGUUUUUGUUGUACCAAUUUCUACUUCUGCAAGUAAAGUUUUGUGCUACUGUUGGACUUCAUCUCUUGAUGGAUCCAUUUGCUAUUGGGAUUUUUCAGUACCAGAAUUAAUGAAGAAGGUGGAUGUCCAACUCCCAAUUUAUUCCAUGGUGAUUCCAGGUUUAUUGCAUCCACAAAUUCAUAGCAAUGGAAAACCAUCUGAUCUUUAUGCUUAUGUGUCGGUUGAGGAUACAAGCAAGCAAGGUGACAAGUCCAAAGUAUUAAGAGGACAAAUUCGGAAGUGUAACCUAUCGGAGUCUCGUCUGCUUGGAGGAGUGACUUUGUCAGAGACUCAGCACCCAGAAAUCAUAACUAUUAGUGCCUCUGGGGAAUUCUUUGGCAUCCGAAACAAGCAAAGGCUUCAUGUGUGGAAACUUCCUUCUAAGGAUUCAGAACAUGAUGUAGUCAGGAAGAUGACAUUGCAUCACACAAAGAAAUUGACCAUUCUUGCUUUCCAUCCAACUGAGAGAAUUUUGGCUGGGGGUGAUGUAACAGGGAGGAUUUUGAUAUGGAGAGGUUUUGGCAAGAGAAUAUUCUCUGCAAAUGAAAAACAAAUUAAUGGAAGAGUGGUAAAGCAUGGGGAAGAAAGGCCUGGGGUGAUAGGAGAUGAUGAUGCAGAUUCCUGCUCAACAUGGCACUGGCAUGCAGCUGAAGUAAAUGCUCUUUCUUUCUCCUCUGAUGGGGUCUAUCUGUAUUCAGGUGGAAGAGAAGGUGUUCUUGUGGUUUGGCAGCUUGACACAGGGAAGAAGAGAUAUCUAUCACGCAUUGGGUCCCCACUUCUAUAUUUUACAUAUUCUCCAGAUCCUUCACUUUCCUUGAUUUCUUGUGCAGAUAAUCAAAUUCAUCUUUUGGAAAUGCCUUCCAUGGAGCUUUCAAAGUCCAUUUCUGGGAUAAAGCCUCCUUGUUCAUUUCCAAAGAUCUAUCAAGACUCAUUUAAUGGGAUUGCAUUUGAUCACACUGCUGGGUUAGCUGCCAUACGGACAGAGAACUACCGCAUACAGUUCUACAGCUUGUUUGACAAUCGAGAAAUUUCACAGGUUCAAGUCUGUGAAAGAAACCAUCAACCAGGAGAUGAUGUGACGGUAUUUGUAACUUUAUUGGCUCUUUCAAUAGAUGGCUCUCUUAUGGCUACUGCUGAAGUUAAGCUUCCUGAAGAGGGAAUAGGUGGUCUUGUUUGCCUUAAAUUUUGGGCAUCUGGGUCCCAGGGUGGAGAGUUCACGUUGUCUACUGUUAUUUAUGAACCUCACAGUGAUGCCGCAAUUUCUGCUAUUGCAUUCCAUCCUACUCAGCGUAUGGCUGUGAGCUCUUCUUAUGGUGGUGACUUCAAGAUUUGGAUUCGCAAUAAUGAUCAGCAAAGCAACCAAAUGCUUCAGAAAUCCGGGUGGAGAUGCCAUUCUGUUGGUACAUACAAGAAAAAACCCAUAACAGCUGCUACGUUUUCUCCUGAUGGCUCAAUUCUGGCUGUUGCAGCAGAAACUGUUGUUACUUUGUGGGACCCAGACAAAAAUGUCCUUGUUGCAGUAGUUGGGGAAACCCUUAUGCCCAUUGUUACCCUUUCUUUUGUUGGGAGGUCAGAAUAUCUUGUCUCGGUAUCUCAAGGUUUGAAGCCACAAUUAUCCGUUUGGAGCAUGUCAAAGCUAUCCAUAUCUUGGUCAUAUAAGCUUCAUGCAGAAGCUGUAGCCUGCAUGAUAGAUGCAUCCAUUUUUGCUGUUCUUGUCCUUUCCAACUCAUCUGAAAAGGUGACAUGCGAAGAGAGCUCAGUCCCAGGAAGUAAUGGGUUAAUCUUACUUUUCAACGUGGAAGACCCAGUUCCUUUAGUGACUUGGUCUGUCAAGAAGGCACAGGGUGGGGCACUUGCCUUUCUUAAGGUGGAGUUGUCUCUACUUAAUGAAGAAGUUACUGAUGAAAAAUCAUCCCAGGCAAUACUUGCAUAUGUGAAUAGUGAUCACGAAUAUGUCAUCUUUGAUCCAUACAACAGGAAAGAUCAUAAGAUCACGACGAAUCAUCGGGGGAAUCUCAUUCCUCUCGAAGAAGCAGGACGUUCUGGGUACACAUCUAUCUAUGGGGAACUCCAGGAAUUUGAUAUCAACGGAGAUUCAACUCCACAGAUCACGUUUGUACCAUCUGAAAGACCUUGGGAAACUAUAUUCAGUGGAUCAUCACAUGUUCUUCCUCCCUUAACCAAAUUGUGUUCGGUUUUCUUGGAAUCCUUGCUAGAAAAAAGAUCAGCUGUUCAAGACUGAAAAAUAGCUCUUCAUGCAUGUUGAGAAAUAUAUUCUUCAUCAUGCCAUCGUAUGCCAAGUAGCAACAUUCCCUGUGUUGGAAAAAGUGAGGCUUCACUGGAGAACAAGGACUCGAUACAUCUCAGCUUUGAGGUUGAGAUUGUGUUUUUAAAUUUCAAUCUAAUGUGAGAUAGUAACAAUACAGAGGCUUGGGAAUUCAAGACAGUGUGUGGAGAAAGAGAGGCGAUCAAUAAGUCGUCAGAGAGAAUAUGGGCAGUCGGCUCUCAAUUUUGUAGUUCUUUUAGGUGAAUAUAGUUUUUUUGAUAGGAUUGUAAUUUAUGGAUCUUCCCAUAUUUUAUUAUUUUCUUUGCGACUUUUUUUGUUGUGUUUAACCCAAUUUAAUUAAUGUAAAUUUAUUUUUUUAUUUAACUGUUACCAUUUAUUCAAAUGUCAUUAUUCUGUCCAUGAA